CUUCAAAACAACUCUGCUGCUCGUCACCAUAUGCCCCCAUUUCUUGGAUACUUCAUGAUGCGUCUCUCAGAAACCUCGAGGGUGUUUCCUCCAUGAUUCUUCGGCUUCAAUCAUGGACCUUUUCCGGGUCAGACUUAACUGCAUUGACCACUAUCAGGCAACCCCAACGCGCUACGAUCCGCAGCUGCGCAACGACAUCCUCCCCUCUCAAGCUACUAAGGAGCCGAAGGUCCCAGUUAUACGCGUGUUUGGGUCUACUGAGACUGGCCAGAAAGUAUGCGCUCAUAUACAUGGAGCUUUCCCAUACUUGUAUGUUGAGUAUACAGGCAGCUUAGAUCCCGAGGAAGUUGGGACGUAUAUUUAUCGUCUUCAUCUGUCCAUUGAUCAUGCGUUAGCAGUAAGCUACCGCCGCGAUGAGCGAUCAGGGAAUGCCAAGUUCGUUGCCCGGAUAACUCUUGUCAAAGGCAUUCCCUUCUAUGGCUUUCAUGUCGGCUAUAGAUUCUUUCUCAAGAUCUAUGUAUUCAACCCAAUUGUCAUGACGCGCCUAGCAGACUUACUGCAACAGGGUGUCAUCAUGCAGAGGCAGUUCCAGCCUUAUGAGGCCCAUCUGCAAUACCUCUUGCAGUUCAUGGUAGACUACAACCUGUACGGCUGCGACUACCUCACGGCAUCAAAAACUAUCUUCCGAGCUCCAGUUCCUGUCUAUUCCGAGCACGGAAAUUCGCAGCAUCUCUGGCACAACCGGUCCAUCCCUCAAACCUACGUCACUGAGGACAUUAGGCUUCCUAGAGUCAGUCAUUGUUCGAUUGAGGUCGACAUCUGCGUUAAGGAUAUCGUGAAUCGACAAAUGGUCAAGGAGCGUCACUUACACCAUGACUUCAUUGAAAGGCUGAGGCCUCUACCUCCGGGUCUGAAACUUGUUCACAGUAUGGCCGGCCUCUGGAAAGAUGAAACAAGGCGACUGAAAAUGAGAAUGAAGAAUUUUGAUCUUGGCAGUAGUCCAUUUCCUGCAGAGGCACUGGUAUCCAUGUCCGCAGAUACGCGGAAUGUGUCGUCUCAGGGAUGGAUUCACGAAGACGAAUAUCGCGAAGAAGUGGAAAAGCUUUUAGCCGCGGAACGAUCGGCAGAUGGAAAGACCAACCCGACAUUCGAUACCUUUGUCCAAAAGGAUCCCUUGGAGGAUAACAUUCAGACCGCUCUUCAGUCUGUGGAAGAUCUCUACCCCGAGAAUUUGUUGCCUAUGCUGGGCUUGUCACUCAGCACAGCAGCGUUGGGCCAGAACCCAGCAAGUAGCAUCGAAGUCGACGAGAAGAGAAUUCUUGAUCAGGACGAAGGCGAUAUAUUCCCCGGGGACUCUGAUACAGAAUGGCUUCUUGAUUGCAAGGCUCAGGAUGGGAACUCCGGCGACGACCCUCUGGAGUCGAACAACCUCAACACGACGAAGUCAAAUAUCGAGACAGACCCAGGGGCUGCGAAAUCCGGUGCCGCUCGUCGCACAUCCGGGACCGUUGUCAACGAGGUGGACUUCAAAUCUGCUGCAUCGUGGUUGUCACUCGGAGGCAUUUGCAGAAGCCGGCUGGUAACGGGCAAAGAUCCAUCGGUGCCAGCUUAUGAUGAGCUUCUCGCCUUUGCUCAAGAAGAGGGGCUGUUUACCAGGAACCAGGAGGAACCACAACCUGUCAGUGUGGCUAGGCCUUCGUCAAAACGGCUUGGUCCAGCUGGCACGUUAGAACCCGCAGCAAAACGCCGAAAACAGCCAGCAUCAGAACGGACAGUCACAGAACAUCGCUCCCAGGACGCGUUACCCAUUUGUCCAUUGUCGCAGUCCAGCACAAAAAGGGUAGACCCUCAAACAGCAACGAAAUCCCGGGCCAGGAAAGGGGCCGCAAGAGGAGCGUCGAAGUCGAGCCAGAACAAUCGGACUCUAUCUUUUCCCAUUGUCAAAAGCCAGGAGGAGCCACCCAUAAAACGCCUUUUCGGCCACAAGGACAAGCAACAAGAUUCUCAGCCGCGAGGAAACGAUGUUACAACAAAAACAGUCUCUUUCAGUCUCCUUCCCAUGGCGGAAUCAAAGGCACCGGAGACGGAUCCCACUGUGAUGGGCAUGCUCGCCACUCCGCUUUCGCAAUCGGCGAGUGUGGAAAGUCGACUUAAUCGUGCCAAGGCCAGGCUCGGAGCUUUCUCGAGUCGUAGGACUUUUCUACUCUCUGUUCUUCCUCCAUCGUCCCUGGAAGUCUCAUCCACACUCAAAGAUUUCAACCUCCCCGAUGUCAUCUCUCAAGAUGCGUACUACAGCAACGAGAAAGACGUUCCUGGGAGGCCGCGCGAAUACGCCGGAAGAGAGUUUCGACUGGAAAGCAAGACGAUUCCGUUUUUACCACACUUUGACCCAACUGGGAUGUCUACAGCCGGUAAGGGUGUGAAGAAUGACUGCUAUCCUCGUGUCCUGGUCGAAGGAAAUACAGACGGCGGCCUACAAAAUCUCUGCUCUUACCGAAGCUGGGAAAUAGCCCAGCCUCCGCCUUCAUUCCAUGAAGUUCAGAACUGGUGGGCAAAGGAGCAACAGAAGGAGAAAGCCACCGCGGCAAUCCAAUCACGGCGAACGUACUUCGGCCAACGGUACUUAUCGCAGAUUGAUGGGCCGACGCCAAAACAUAAGCAUGGGUUCAAGUAUUCCCCAAGAAAGAAGUCGACAAGUGUCAAACACGAAGCCCAGUACAUGAGUACGAUGAGUAUGGAGAUGCAUGUGAACACUAGGGGAAAAUUUGUACCCAAUCCUGACCACGAUGAGGUUCAGUGCAUUUUCUGGUCGGUCAAGGCGGACGGUACUAUCAGCACAAGCCAAGAUGUGGCAGGAGGAGUUAUCAUUGGGGUCGUGGUCUUCUCUCCCGACGGGACUCUUGCCGAGAGAAUACGACGUCAGACGUCCGCUGAGGUUAUCGAGGAGACUGACGAGCUGGGCGUGAUUGUCCGGAUGGUAGAGAUCGUCAGGACCCAUGAUCCCGACAUUCUCACAGGAUACGAGGUCCAUGGCAGCUCGUGGGGUUACCUAAUCGAGCGGGCUCGCGUCAAGUACGACUUUGAUCUAUGCGAUGAGUUCUCCAGGGUCAGAACCGAUUCGCACGGAAGGAUUGGGAAGGAGAACGAUCGAUGGGGCUUCAACACGACGUCAACCAUCCGCGUCACUGGCCGGCAUAUGAUCAACGUCUGGAGGGCAAUGCGAGGGGAACUCAAUUUACUCCAAUACACGAUGGAGAACGUGGCAUGGCAUCUCCUACAUAAGAGGAUACCACACUACUCUUGGGAGACCCUCACGGAUUGGUACAAGAACGGGCGGCACCGGGAUCUCGCCAAACUAGUUCGGUACUACCUUGUCAGGACACGGCUCGACCUUGAUAUUCUGGAGUCGAAUGAGCUGAUACCAAGGACGAGUGAGCAGGCUCGGUUGCUCGGGGUAGAUUUCUUUUCCGUGUUCUCUCGCGGCUCCCAGUUCAAAGUCGAGUCGAUUAUGUUCAGAAUUGCGAAGCCCGAGAACUUCAUGCUGGUGUCCCCGAGCCGGAAGCAGGUGGGCGGGCAGAACGCGCUGGAGUGUCUGCCUCUGGUGAUGGAGCCGCAGAGCGAUUUCUACUCCAGCCCGCUGCUUGUGCUGGAUUUUCAGAGUCUGUAUCCCAGCGUAAUGAUUGCGUACAACAUCUGCUACUCGACUUUUCUGGGACGUGUCGUCAACUGGCGGGGAACAAACAAGAUGGGGUUUACUGAGUACAAGAGGCAUGAUCGAAUCCUCGAACUGCUCAAGGACCAUAUCAAUAUCUCCCCCAACGGGAUGAUGUACUUGAAGGCGGAAAUCCGCAAGUCUCUGCUGGCUAGGAUGCUCACGGAGAUCCUCGAGACUCGCGUGAUGACGAAGAGCGGGAUGAAAGAGGACAAAGACGACAAGGCAUUGCAGCAACUACUAAAUCAUAGGCAACUGGCACUGAAGCUUCUGGCGAACGUCACAUACGGAUACACGUCGGCGUCUUUCUCGGGGCGCAUGCCAUGCUCGGAGAUUGCGGACAGUAUAGUGCAGACAGGGCGGGAAACGCUGGAGAAGGCCAUAGCGUUCAUACACUCCCAGGAGCGGUGGGGGGCCGAGGUUGUCUACGGCGACACGGACAGCCUGUUCGUGUACUUGAAGGGCCGUACGCGGGAACAGGCCUUCGACAUUGGGCAUGAGAUCGCCAAGGCCAUCACCGAUAUGAACCCACGGCCGGUCAAGCUCAAGUUCGAAAAGGUGUACCACCCGUGCGUGUUGCUGGCCAAGAAACGUUACGUGGGUUACAAGUACGAGGGCAAGGACCAGGCGAAACCCGAGUUUGACGCAAAAGGCAUUGAGACGGUCCGACGGGACGGCACGCCCGCGGAGCAGAAGAUUGAAGAGAAAGCGUUGAAGCUGCUUUUCGAGACGGCGGACCUUAGCCAGGUCAAGGAGUACUUCCAGGCGCAGUGCGACAAGAUUAUGCGCGGGGCCGUGUCGGUUCAAGAUUUCUGCUUUGCCAAGGAGGUCAAGUUGGGGUCGUACAGCGACCGAGGCGCACCGCCGCCUGGGGCUCUCAUCAGCGCGCGGCGGAUGUUGGAAGACGCGCGGGCCGAGCCUCAGUACGGCGAGCGGGUUCCCUACGUGGUGGUGACGGGAGCGCCGGGGACACGGCUGAUAGACCGCUGCGUGGCACCCGAGGAGUUACUCAACGACCCGCACAGCGGACUCGACGCCGAAUACUACAUCUCCAAGAACCUGAUUCCACCGCUGGAACGAAUCUUCAACCUGGUCGGAGCCAACGUGAGGCAGUGGUACGACGAGAUGCCCAAGGUGCAGCGCAUCCGGCGACUGGAACACGUCGGCGGGGAAGAGGCGGGGGGCGACCAGGGAUCAGGAUCAGGGCCAGGACCAGGACCAGGGCCAGGGCCAGGCAAGAAGACGCUGGAGAGCUACAUGAAGUCGGCAUGGUGCGUGGUGUGCGAGGUCAAGAUGCGGGGCACGGAGGGCGUCCUAUGUUCCCGGUGCAGGGAGGACGCGGCGUCGAGCGUGCUGGCUCUGCAGGACCGGCUGCGGUGCGAAGAGCAAAAGUUGAGGGAUGUAGUACAGGUCUGUCGAAGCUGCGCGGGGCUCCCGCCGCUGGACAACGUGCCGUGUGACAGCAAGGACUGCCCGGUAUUCUACUCUCGGGUCAAGCAAGGGGCUCGGCUCAGGGCGAGCAAGAGCGUGUUGGAGCCGGUAAUUAGGGAGUUGGGUGCAAAUGCAGCGAGGGAGGCUUUGCAGUGGUAAGGGGGAAGCGAACAAUACCUGGAAUACGAGACAUGACGAUGGAUGAGAUGAAGAACGAGGUCACAGCGGAAGCGUUUUCACUUGGGAGGCAGUCUUCUUGGUGUUUUGGUUCGGUUGUGCUUUGCCCAGGGACGGACCAAAGGAGGGGCCGGCCGUUUUGGGUGUACGAGACAUGACAGUCAUGAGAGCGAGCGAAAAUUCUGCAGACGAUAUUGGUUAAACGUGUGUCUUUGGAAGCUGAACUAUUUGUGAAGUCCUUGCAGCUAUUCAACUUCAGCAUCUCCAACCUCAUCACAGAAGUACAAG